AUGAUUUCCGAUUUCAAUUCGCUCCCUCUCAUUGUCCAAAUCGAUGAACCAUUGGAUGAAACGCUUGAAAAAGUUGUUGAAACUAUUCAAUUCUCGAUUUUUUGCUUCACUUUACCAUUUUAUUGUUUUGUGAUCUAUCUGUUAUUGGAUGCGCAGUUACGGGGCAUUGAAGAGUUGUCAACUCCAUUUUUUAAAUUAUGUGUUACCACUUCUGUAGUGGAUAUUUGGACCCUCCUGAACAAUUAUCUGGGAGCAAUGUUCCCAAAAUGGGGAUGGGGAACUCGUGUUUAUUUAUUUUUGGAUGGUUACUAUGCACAUACUUAUUUAUAUUUUGCAUGGACUUCUGAGACCUGCAAUAGUCCAAAUUUCAAAAAUUACUAUUUCAAAAAGUUGACUUCAAAUUUUCCUGUUAUGUUUAACACAAUGACUGAACUUCUUUUAAACUCAAAAUUAAGUUUCCCAGGAAUCUGCCAAGCCAUGUGUGUCUCUGUUCUUGCCACCAAUCGCUUAUCAGCUAUCAUUUUUCCAAAUCGCCAUCAUCAGAUUUGGAGCCCAAAAAAGCUGCGAAUCGCAUAUGCAAUUCAAUUUCUGCCAGGAAUGAUUGUUGGAAUAGCCACAUUUUUCAAUAGCACCCAAUUGUACAGAAAUUCAAAAAAUGGAAUAGUUCCGAAAUUUAAAGACGAAUCCCUGGUCACAUAUUUUUUCCUAAUUGCUGGCGUAUUUCUAAGCUUGGUGUGCCUUUAUUUGAUUUUCGCAUAUUGCUAUUUGUUAUAUGUUUUGAGAAAAAAUACGAAAAUGAUUGCAAGCUCUGCUCUUAAAAAAUCACGGAACAUGAUAAAGAAAAAGGAGAUGAAGCUUUUCAUAAUGAGUAGUAUAACAGUGGCAAUUCAAAUUUCUGCUCUGUGCCUUUUUGUGUCGUACGCCGUCUCAAUUCUUGUCAUUUCUUUGGACAAGUUUUAUUUGCUUUAUAAUGCGAUAAGUGACCUCUAUUCUGGAAUCAAUCCAUAUCUACUCUGGAUCUCUCGGAUUCCCUUCGGAAACAUAUUUUAA